AGAAAGUGCUGCCAUCUCUUGAUAGGAUUGUUCUUAUGAAUUGUAUGUUUAAAUUGUUUAAAGAUAUGUUUCUGAAGGCUGUUUUGAUUACGAGACGGUUAUUUUGUAAGAAAAAUUAUUUUGAGAUAAUAAAUUUUAGAAAAAUUAGUACUAAAACUAUUAGCGAAGAAGCUGUGAAGAAUAUUCAGCAUGUUAAUGUUGGAACUAUUGGGCACGUGGACCAUGGAAAAACAACUUUAACGUCUGCAAUUACCAAAAUAUUAUCUAUAGAAGGAUUAGCGAAAUUCAGAAAUUAUUCGGAUAUCGAUAAAGCACCCGAAGAAAGAUUACGUGGUAUUACUAUUAAUGCUAGCCACGUUGAAUACAGCACAAAAUCUCGACAUUACGCGCACACUGAUUGUCCUGGACAUGCUGAUUAUAUUAAGAAUAUGAUAUGUGGAACAUCCCAAAUGGAUAGUGCAAUAUUAGUGGUUGCUGCAACUGAUGGUGAAAUGCCACAAACUAGAGAACAUUUGCUGCUUGCGAAACAAGUUGGAGUGUCUAAGAUUGUUGUGUUUAUAAACAAAACUGAUUUAGUAGAUAAUGAUACGGUAGAAUUAGUUGAGUUAGAAAUUAGGGAAUUACUUGACAAAUAUGGUUUCAGUGGUGAUGAUACACCAAUAAUCUAUGGCUCUGCUCUUUUAGCUUUAAAAGGCGACAAGUCGGAGAUUGGAGAGGCUUCCAUAAGACGUUUGCUUGAUGCUUUGGAUAAACAUGUGCCUACACCAGAAAGAGAUAUAUACUCUAGUUUUCUUCUACCUGUAGAAUCUAUUGUAAAUGUGCGUGGCAGGGGUACUGUUGUAAUAGGAACAGUUAUGAAAGGAGAAUUAAAAAAAGGACAGAAUGUUGAACUUAGUGGAUGGGAUACUAAACUUAAUUCAACUGUAACUGAUAUACAUAUAUUUCACAAGUCAGUUGAAGGAUGUAAAGCAGGAGAUCAUGUUGGUGUAUUACUUCGAGGAAUGAAAAAGGAAAAAUUAAUAAAAGGAAUGGUGAUGUCGUUUCCAAACACUUAUAAAUUAUCAAAUUGCUAUUUGGCAAAUCUGUAUUUAUUAAGUGAACAGGAAGGUGGAAGGAAAAGACCUAUUAGUAAAAAUUAUUUUCAAAGAUUAUUUACUCAAACAUGGAACAUUACAUGUCGUUUAAAUGUGACAUCUAAUGACAUGAUAAUGCCUGGAGAUCAGGGAGAAGUCUGUUUAACACUUUUUAAUAAAAUGGUAAUGGUGCCUGGACAAAGCUUUAAUAUUCGUGAGAAUAAUGUUACGGUUGCAUCGGGCAUAAUUACAAAUGUUUUAGAAAGUAUCCCUGUAACUGAUCUUAAAAAAUAAUUAAAAAUACUUAUAUUUACAGAAGUAUUUUAAUUAUUUAUGCCUAUGUAAUCUGAUGUCUUCUGUUAAAAACAGAAAAAAAAUUAUAUUACUAGUAUUUUACUUUUCUAAUUGUCAUUUUUAACUGGCAAUUAAAAUAAAUAAAUUUUUAUAUAAUAUGUAAAAAUACUAAACACCAAAAUAAAUUUCUAAAUGAGAUUUGAACUACUGUAUUUUCCGGUGUAUAAGACAACUUUUUAACCCAGGAAAAUCCUCUCAAAAGUCAGGAGUCAGCUUAUAUGCCAGGUGUCAUCAUAUAUGGCCAGUAUAUCCCAAACUCUAUAUUUUAACUGUAAAAGUUGGGGGUCGUCUUAUACGCUGGAUAGUAUGGUAAUAAAAAGAUUAUUUAUUUUAUACAGUGGUGCCUCGUAUAACAUACUUAAUCCAUUCCAGGUGCACGUCCGUUAAGUGAAAA